AUGGGGUUAAACUCAGCGUCUCUAGGAGCCAUGAAUGAUGCAAAGAAAGCACCGCUGGAGCGAUAAGACCGUCGGACGUCCAGCGAGCGAGUACAGCUCUUGCUGCAGCGAGGCCGCCUGUACAUGCUACAAGCGCGCCCGCGGGCCGCAAGACUGAGAGCCGGCACCGCUAGCAAUCCUGCGAGCCCGCCGGCAACGCUCGGAGGCCGCCGGCGACGCUCACAGAGGACGCGCCAACGAGACGCCCGCUCGAGACCGCGAACGAAGCAUCACACCCCUCACCACACAGGUUCUCCCGCUUCGUCGAAGUCGGACGGAUCGUCCUCGUGAACUACGGCCCCGACGCCGGCAAGCUCGCGACGAUUAUUGAUAUUGUCGACGGGAACAAGUGCAUGAUCGACGGGCCCGUGCCGAAGACGGGCGUGGCGCGCCAAGUCAUCCCCUUCAAGCGGCUCGCAUUAACUGACAUCGUCAUCGAAGUGCCCAAGAGCGCUAGGCAGAAGACGCUCGUGAAGGCGUGGGACGCCGAGAAGGUCGAGGAGACGUGGGCCGCCACCUCCUGGGCGAAGAAGUUGGCAAGAAAGAAGGUGCGCGCGUCGCUGACGGACUUCCAGCGCUUCCAGCUCAUGGUCGCGCGGAAGCAGAAGGCGGCAUUGGUCAAGGCGCAGCUCGAGAAGAUGUGA